AUGGAGCUGAUGAAUUUUAUAAAAUCAGUCUUCUUCUUUUUCUUGCGUAGAAAGAAGUUCUUCUUCUUGCGUAGAAAGAAGUUCUUCUUCUUGCGUAGAAAGAAGGUGCAUAAAUUGCCCGAUGAUAUACAAGAAAGGAGUUCCGAUGAGAUUUUGGAAAAAAUCUUUUGUCGAUUGCCUAUUCAGUCUCUGCUCGGAUUAAGGUGUAUAUCUAAAUCUUGUCUCGCCCUAAUCAGUAGCCCCUAUUUCGUGAAAUUGCAUCUUAAGCAAUCGGUUCAAUCCAAGAUUAACCUUAAUAUGUAUAUGAGUUGCAUUAAUCGUGCCUCGAACUUCUAUCGUGUGGAUUUUGAUUCCCUAGAGAAGGAUGACGGAUAUCUUCAACCGGUAGAGGUAAAUUACAAUCCCUUGAGUAAUCUGAAUUAUAGGACCAGUAUUUGGGGAUCUUGUGAUGGACUGACUGACCUGCCUUACGCACUCGACUCGGACUUAACACAAUCCAACAUUCACGAAUAUGUUUCGGAUGGUUUUGGUUAUGAUAACAACGGUUACAAUCCGUUAAGGCGUCAUGAUAAUAGAACCGGUUUGGGGCGCUACAAUGAUGGAUUGGUCUUCAUGACAUAUACGCUAGACAUCGUCGUUUUAUGGAAUCCGUCAUCUAGGAAGUCUAUAAAACUGCCUCCCACCUCGGUUGAAAUCCCAAAUCAUUCUUACCGUCACAAAUAUUCCACUUAUGGAAUUGGAUAUGAUAAAAUUAGUGACGAUUACAAAGUGGUGAGAGUUGUGGUUGUUCUAGGUGACGUCAUCUAUUACGAGCUUAAAGUUUAUAGUUUGUGA